AUGCCGCUUUGGUCGCUCACAUUGAGCGUGUUAUUCCUCUCUUUGGUGAUUGGAUUUUACGCGCGAAAUCCCCCAAUCGCGCAAGAGAGUUUACCGCUCGAACGCGUGUUAGCGAAAGCGCAUCAAUACUUAUCGGAUCCCGAGGGAGUUAUCAUCGGUAGGAAACUUGGUGGAAAUCAGAACAGAUUCGACGUUGGCGUGGUCUUAGGCGCGCGAUUAAACGAGACGGAUUUUCAGCCUUCUUUGCGCUUGCAGUCACGAGUGAGACACGCGGUUGAUGGUUUCUGCUACGGUGAAGUGGAACAUUUGAUAUUUAGCGGCGCUUCUGGAAAGAAAGUCGUCGGGGAUGGUAGAAAAAGGCCGAGUGAAGCGGCUGCGAUGUUUGAAUUUGCUUUGGCAACGGUCGAAAGAGCGCCGAAAAUGAGUGGAAGGAAAGCGGAAGAGUAUCGCUGUCCGAUUGAACGCGAACGGUUUAGCGAGGCGAAAAGAGACGAAAACGGGAACGCGUAUUACGUCGGUGAAGAUAAAAACGGGGAUCAGUUCACGUGGGUGUUGGAAGAGAAGAGUUUCUCGACGAAGGAAAACGCAGAGUUGAGUUUGAAUGCGAUUGUGACGAGAGAAUGGAACUCUGUCGCGGUGAGUACGAGUCACUUUCAUCAGUUUCGAUCGAAACGCGUCUUCCUAAAAGCCAUCGAGACGAGGAGAUUGAGCAAAGUAAAGGUGAAAAUGUUGAAGCAAGUGCAAGAAUCGAGUUACUCGAGGCAUAAGGAUGGGAGAGAGCGAACGAGAGAGUUUGCGAUUGGACAGUUUGAUUUUGUGAGAGAGUUGCUCGCCAUUUGCUAUUACAAAAUAAGGCGAUGGAUUUAA